CUAGGUGCCGCCCACACCGCCCGAGACGUAACCGGGCAUUGAAGUGCCCCUGAUUGGGUGUGGUACCCCCACCCCCAAGCAAGAGGACCAUUCGUCUCGCGUUUGCGCAACAUCGGCUCACGAUCUGUGACAAGCUUCAUUUUCUGGGGAUGUCUGGAUCAGAGAGGAAUGCGAGGAACCUCUCUCAGAUCGGGGAUACAACUCCCCGAGUGCCCGUCUUCACAUCACCUGCCAGGCCAUCAGUAAGGCCAGAAGCAGGUUCCGGACCCCCACUCAGCGGCAUAUGGAUCCAAGAACAGCGGAGGUCUGGCUACGGAGAUGACAUGCUAUAUCGGUCCUCAUGCUGUUCGUCCCGUGGUUACAUAUGGCACCUUUGAAGAUUCAGUUCGUGUAAGCCUGGUUCCGGAACAUCUUUUCACCUGGUUUGAUAAUUCUUGAUCUCGAAUCAUAAGUGGCAAAGGCACACGACGACAGGAGCAAACGCUCGGUCUCGGUUCUUAGAAAGCCGUCCCGACGUGGGAUUAAGAUCUCUUUACAGUACGAUCUCUAAGCUGGCCCGCUUGGUGGACUGUUAGCUGCCAGUCUUCGGGAACUAAACCAAUCGGCUGCCGUAUCCAUCAAGCGGCGUUUCCAUUUGUUUUGUUCCCAGAUCCGAUCCCGCUCCCUAAACUGAACCCGGCCGAAGGGUGAACUGCCGGCGAGCCGGUCGCACUGGGCGAGGCCGAAGUGUGGAGAUGCCCGCCAGGGGAAAACAGCUAAAAGCUUCUUGUAAGGUUUCGUCCGACUUUUGCUUUUCAUCCAUAGAAGAUUCGGCAGAACCUUCGAUUUGGAGACAUGCCCAAUGAGCGGUGAGCUUCAAAAUGGGCUUUUGAGAUUCCUGGUUGCAAAAAAGAUCUGGCCCCCACUCCAAGAGCAACUCCCGCCUUCACAGCAGCAACGCAGGACCGCAAGUGUUGCACCCACCCAACUGCUUGUCAAACCCCGCUGUGGGGUAAAGUCUUUCAGAGCUCUGCAACUGCAAGCGUUCAGCCCACUUCCAGUGGACGGCAGAAAAAAAAAAGCAAGCUUGAUCUCAGAUUGGACAAUUCGUCACCUCACGUUUGCCGGCGGAGACACAGUUGUUGACAUCCGGGUCGAGAGAAUCGCCAAUCCGAAAAGCGAUCAUGGAGCCCCAGGAGUCAACGAAGCGGUCGCAGGAUGAGAUUCACGAUAAGGCCACCCCUCAGCAGCAGGAACCCACUCAUGAUGAGCCAGCUUCUAAGCGACAGAGGUUUGAUGAGCCUGCUGAAACUCAAAACGGCACAACGAAAAAGUCGCCUGUGGACAGAGUGAAGGGUGUCGCCCCCAUCAAGGCCGAGUACCUUAUCGUUGCCCCUGGUCAGUCGGCAAAGGUUGUUGUGCCUGAUGUCAUUGAUGAUGAUGAGGCUGAGGGAAGAGGCACCAUUGAACACCAGCAGCAAGGAGAUAGUCGCGAUGCUGGGAAAGGAGGAAAGAGGAAAAAGAAGACAGGCCAAAACAAGGAGAGAACCUUUGGCACCUUUUCUGAUGCUCAACGCCUUUGCAAUUCCGUUGCCUGGACUCCCGAGUUCUCUCCCAGGUCUUGCAAGUUUGGUGAGCGGUGCAAUGGCCUCCAUGAUAUCCGAAAGUACCUGAAGGAGGGCCGCCGUGCAGACCUGGAAACCUUUGGAGGAAAAUGCCCUACUCUUGAGAAAUUUGGAAAGUGCCCGUCUGGCUGGCGUUGCUUGUUUGUGUCAAGUCAUAGCAAGGAGGUCGAGCACGAAGAUGGGCGCAAGGAGCUAGUUCUCACAGACAAAGAUGGCAACACUUACCCCGACGAUGGGGAUACCGGUGACGCCAAUACCGAGGUGGUGAACAACGUGGAAGGCCAGAUCAAGAUUGACCUCUCCCGGAAACGAGUCCAGUUUGAAAAGUCGGACAAGUAUCUAAAAUGGCUGGAAAAAGAUACUCAGAUUUUCCGUGACCAUCACCACAAGCAAAAGGAUGGCGGUGCUGAGGCGCUGGACUACAGGGCAAUGUACGUCGAGCCACCUUUUAAGCCCUCGGAGAAGAAAAGGCUUUACUUUGGAAGGGAAACACCGGCUUUGGCGCCCUUGACAACCCAAGGGAACCUGCCAUUCCGCCGUCUUUGCGUCGACUUGGGAUGCGAGUUGACCUACUCGGAAAUGGCCAUGGGCAUGCCCUUACUCCAAGGUGCCAAGUCUGACUGGACUCUGAUGAGAGCCCACAAGAGUGAGACCACACCCCCUCGCUUCAAUGGCGAUGGGCCCGUUGCUCAAGGUUACGACAACUCGAAGGAUCUCAAGUUUGGCGCUCAGAUUGCAGCCAACGUUCCCUGGGUUGCCAUCAAGUCUACCGAAGCCUUGGCUCGCUUCCUCCCACAUCUCCGGCUGAUCGAUCUAAACUGCGGCUGCCCGAUUGACAUGCUCUACAAGUCGGGUGCUGGAUCUGCCCUCUUGGAUGCUCCCUCCAAGCUGGAGCGUAUGAUCAGAGGCAUGAACGCCGUCUCUGAUGACGUUCCCAUCACGGCCAAAAUCAGAAUGGGCGUCCGUGAUGACAAGUUCACGGCCCAAAAGAACAUCGAGAGGCUCGCCCUUGGCAGUGAGGAGCAUCGUGAUAUUCUGGGAGCUCCCGGCUGCGCGGCUGUGACGCUUCACGGCCGAACAAGACAGCAACGGUACACCCGCGCGGCCAACUGGGAGUACAUCGCUGAGACGGCCGCCGUGAUCAAGCGCUUGAACGAGAAAACUGACAGCCUCACCGACACCAUUCGCGAAGUCGAUGAACGAACUCUACCCAAUGGCGGGAGGAUGUUCUUCAUUGGCAACGGCGAUUGCUAUUCGCACAUUGACUACUUUGACCACGUCGACAACGCCAAGGUGGACACGGUUAUGAUUGGCAGAGGAGCGAUCAUCAAGCCCUGGAUCUACGAGGAGAUCCAGACUGGUCAGUACUUGGACAAGUCGGCCACGGAGCGGUUGGGGUACAUUGAGAAAUUUGCCCGGUAUGGAAUGGAGGCUUGGGGGUCAGACGAGCUGGGGAUCAACUACACGAGGAGGUUCCUGCUGGAGUUUUUGAGCUUCUUCAGCCGGUAUGUUCCUAUUGGGCUGCUGGAGUAUCUGCCGCCGAGUAUCAAUGAGAGGCCGCCGGCGUACAAGGGAAGAAAUGAGCUUGAGACGUUGCUUGCGAGUAAGGAUUAUAAGGAUUGGAUCAAGAUCAGUGAGAUGUUCCUCGGCCCGGCACCUGCUACGUUUUCUUUUACGCCUAAGCACAAGUCAAACUCGUAUGAGAUCGAGGCGGAGGGUUGAGAGGGCUUGUUUUAUGGGUGGGGUGGGUGAUGUAAAGGUUGUACGCUAUGAGAAAAAGGGGGGGAAAUCAUGCCGAGGCUGAGGGUUAUGGUUGCACAUGACAGGUUUUUGGAACCUCAGAUUUGGCAGCGAGAUAUGGCAAGUUGGAUGUAAUGUCAAAGUAGACAGCAUGUAUGCAAUGCACUCUUCUGCGGUGGUAUUAUCUGCUGUAUCAAAACCCCCCUUUUCUUCUGUGAACCC